AUGAUGACUGAUCAACCAUUAGAGAUUGCUGUUGACGAGGAGAUCGCGUCGGUGGCUGGCACGACGACGACCACUGGCACGUCCUUAGCCUCGAGCGUGUUGCAGUACGAGUUCAAAUACGGGCGUCGCUAUCACGCGUACCAGGCUGGCAGCUAUGCGUUUCCCAAUGACGAACCCGAGCAAGAUCGAUUGGACAUGGUGCACCACGUUUAUUAUCGCGGCUUGAACAACCGGCUCUUCCUCGCUCCCUUUAACCCCGACGGAAAAAGGAUUCUCGACAUCGGAACUGGGACUGGGAUCUGGGCGAUUCAACUCGGUGACCAUUACCCUAAAGCCGCAGAAAUCCUCGGGAACGAUCUCAGUCCAAUUCAACCUGCUUGGGUUCCCCCGAAUGUCAGCUUCAUAAUCGACGACGUCGAGAAACCAUGGGUACAAGGCGAGCCGUAUGAUUUUAUCCACUGCCGGUAUAUGGCUGGAUCGAUCAAAGAUUGGCCGCGACUGAUCGAGCAAUGUUACGCGAAUCUGAAGCCUGGAGGCUGGCUGGAGUUGCAGGAGACCACGAACAGGCCGUACUCGGAGGAUGGCAGUCUCAAGCCGGACAGUUAUAUAAACAAGAUGAUGGAUGGUUUGAUCGAGGCAUGCGAUAAGAUCGGGCGCACGAUGGACCCUGCACCGUCGUUUGAGAAGUGGGUGAACCAGGCUGGGUUCAACAAGGUAUCGAAGCAAACAGUGAAGCUGCCGGUGGGAGUGUGGCCCAAGGACAGCCGGCUGAAGGAGUGCGGGGUGCUGAUGCGGGCGAACCUCGUAGAAGGAGUCGAGGCGUUCACGGCGGCGCUGUUUGGAGAGGUGCUGAAAUGGCCGAGAGAGGAGGUUGAGGCUCUGAAUGCAGGUGUUCGGGCAGAGUCGGUGCGCAACGAUAUUCAUCCGAUCUUUGACUUUCACAUAAUCAGUGCCCAGAAGCCAUUGGAAGCCUGA